UCAGCCGUCUGCACAAGUGGGGUGAAGGUGGAGUAAACCUCCUGGAAACCCCCGAGCCCAAGCAGCAGGGGACGAGGAGAAGGGGGUCAGAGCCGUCUGAGAGAGUAGAGGCUUCCUGCUGUCAAAGGUAUCUGAGAUGAAUCCCACCAGCCAAUUCCUUGGCACAACAGAAUAUGACUAUGGAUACGAUGAAAACACUGCUCCGUGUAAUGAAGGAAACAAAUUUCGCAGGUUUAAAUCCCUCUUUCUGCCAAUUCUUUACUGCCUUGUGUUUGUCUUCUGCCUCCUGGGAAACUCCUUGGUUCUCUGGGUUCUCCUGACCAGGAAAAGGCUGACAACAAUGACUGACAUCUGCCUGCUGAACCUUGCAGCCUCUGAUCUCCUCUUCGUUUUGCCCCUCCCUUUCCAAGCCCACUAUGCUUCAGACCAGUGGGUUUUUGGCAAUGCCAUGUGUAAGAUAAUGGCUGGCAUUUACUACACAGGUUUUUAUAGCAGUAUUUUCUUUAUAACCCUCAUGAGCGUGGACAGGUACAUAGCGAUUGUCCAUGCUGUCUAUGCCAUGAGGAUACGGACAGCCACUUGUGGCAUAAUUAUCAGCUUGAUCCUGUGGCUGGUGGCCGGCUUGGCUUCUGUACCCAACAUCAUGUUCAGCCAGGAGCUGGAGAUCGAGCAGGUUUUGCAGUGUGUCCCCACAUACCCCCCAGGUGACAAUACCUGGAAGGUUGCUUCUCAGUUUGCAGCCAAUAUCUUGGGCCUCUUAAUUCCCUUUAGCAUCCUCAUUUGCUGCUACACUCAGAUAUUAAAAAACCUGCAAAAAUGCAAAAACCAGAACAAGGUCAAGGCAAUCAAGAUGAUCUUCAUCAUCGUCAUAGUUUUCUUCCUUUUCUGGACUCCUUUCAACAUCGCACUGUUCCUCGACUCUCUGCAGAGCCUUCACAUCAUCAAUGACUGCAAGGCGAGCUCUCAGAUAGCACUGGCCCUGCAGCUGACAGAAACCAUCUCCUUCAUCCACUGCUGUCUGAACCCCAUCAUCUACGCCUUCGCUGGCGUGACAUUCAAGGCCCAUCUGAAAGGACUCCUUCAGUCCUGUGGUCGUGUCCUCUCCAGCCCUGCCGGAGGUGCCGGGGCUGGACAGUCAUUUUUGGCACCCUCCCAGGUCUCUGGCUGGUCUGACAGUGCAGGGGUCCUGUAAGCAUACCUGAGCCACCUUCUGCCAGUGUGAGGAGCUGGCCGAAGGUCUGCUGUGGUCCUGGAGGUUGUACCAUGUGUGCAGCAUCCCUUGGGAGAUGCAGUAUGCCUGUGCCUCCUGUUGGGAUAUGCUGUGAGCUGCCACAUAAGAACUUGUGGCACUGAUUUCCCAAGAGAACCAGUGCAUUUGUAGAGUGGUGACCCUACAUUGCCACAGAAUAAUUUUUAAUUAAGUUUUAGAGAUCCUUUAAUACACUGCAGCAAGCAGACUGCUUCCUCUAGUAUCUCUUUUCUCCUCUGACAAAAGCAUCGCUUCUGCCUCACCCCCAAGUAUGCUCUGCCCUGUGGAAGCUGAAUCCCUACAUCCCUGGGACAAGGGUGUGACACCACUCUGGAUAGUGGAGAAGUGGCCAGGCAUGGGAUUGCUUCAUAUUGCAAAGAGGGAGUCACCUCAGACACUGUCACCAUUUCCCCUUUGCCUCAGGUCCCAGAUGAAAACCACCCCCAGCUCAGGACCCUGUUUGUUGUGGGAUGGUCCCAGGGGCACAGCCCUGGAAUCCUUGGAACUGCUGCCAUCCAGAGCAGCCUUUGAUAGUGAUGCCUCCAAAAAUAAUAAAGCAGUGGCUCCAGGUGUCCCCUACACUGGUCACUCGUGGAGGCUCCUGCACUUGGAAACAUUGUCCUCAGAGCAGGUGAAGGCUCUGCAUCACCUCUGGAGCUGUGGGAGCUCCAGCUCUGUGCCUCCAGUGCCCCCUGCUAAAUGUAACCAUCAUAAUGGUCAUCAUCAUCAUCAUCAUGACCUGUAGCAAAGUAGGCUCCAUCUCUUUUCCCAAAUGUCUUUAUUUUCUUCCAUUUUAAAAAUGCUCUCU